AUGAGGAGGAAGAAGAGGAGGAAGAAGAGAGAAGAAGAGGAGGGAAGAAGGGAGAAGAAGAGGAGGAAGAAGAGGAAGAAGGAAGAUAGAAGGAAGAGAGGGGAAGAAGAAGAAGAGGGGAAAGAAGAAGAGGAAGAAGAAGAAGAGGAAGAGAAGAGAGAAGAAGAAGAAGUAGGAAGAAGAGGGAAGAAGGAAGAGGAAGAAGGAAGAGGAGAAGAAGAGAAGAAGAAGAGGGAAGAAGAAGAGGAAGAAAGAAGAGGGAAAGAAAGAAGAGGAAGAAAGAAGAGGAAGAAGAAGAGGAAGAAAAAUAUGACGACUGGCAUGAGCGGUCUUUAUUACCGUGUGCACAAUCUCACCAUUCUUCUGAAUACUGAACGCACAACAAAACAUGUCGAGACUUUGAAGUUAAACUCGGUUUACGGAAGUGGAUUACAACUUUUAGGAGUAGCCUCGGCCAGCGGCCACAGGCGCCCACAAGUGACAGCGGUGCGCGUCGUGGCGUGCGGCCGUGCGUUGUGCGCGUGCCGGCCGGCGGCGGCUGUCGGGCGCGGCCCGCCCCGUCUCGCCGCCCCGCCCCGCCUGGCGGCGCGCUCACGGAUCCACCCGCCACCGCCCGCGCCCUCCGCCGCCGCCGCCGCCGCCCUCUGCCCGCACGCCGCCGAGCUGAGCGACGCGCGCCCAUACCACGAGGUGCCCGGCCCGCGCCCGCUGCCCCUCAUAGUGAAUACAGAAGCGUAA